GUUUUGUGUAGUUAGAUAAUAACGUCUGGUAACACUACGAGUUCAUCUUUAAAAAAAACGUACAGAUUGAAUAUCAUUGGCAUUUAAUUUUGCGUCGUUUUACACUAAAAUCUAAAAGAUCCAGCUAGAAAUGGAAUUAAAUACUGAUUAUCCCCCAAACGAUGUCGGCGUCUUGGCGCCGAACGAUCAGGAAAAUGAGGACGCCAAUCGGAGGAAGGAUGAUACAGGCGCACCAAAGACUCCAGUGGCUAGAAAAUCGCGACGAGCGGUCCUCAAGCGAAUGAACGCCACUUCGGAAAAGGAUUCGCCGACGCAUCCUGAUCCUCCGAAGACACCGGGCACUCCCGGCCAUCUUCACCAAGCCACCGAAACUCCGAGACGCAGUUGCCGAAAAAGUGUGCGUCCAGCAAUCGACUACGAUGAUAUUAUAGUGCGAUCCGCCAAGAAGGCUAUUGCCGAAGUACUCUUAGCCGAUCCCGAGGACGAGGAGCCUUCCGUCCAGAAGUGGACCGCCGCGGAGGUGGGAAGGAAUUCGCGCAAACGCGGCCGCAAGUCCAAGCGCAUGGCUGCCAAGAAGCAGAAAACAGAGCUCAUAAUUUCAGAGGAUAAGGAGGAGCAGGACACGGAGUUGGAGGUCCCACAGAAAAAGUUGGAUACGCCGCAGGGUGUCAAAGAAACUGCUGAGGAUCAGGCAGACAUAGUAGAGGAAGUGGCACUAUCCAUAAAGAAGUCUUCUUCUUCCAAAACAGCAGAUCAAGAACACGCAGAAGAUGGAAAGAACAUUGUAGAGAAACCACUGUCCAUGAAAAAGUAUUCUAAGGCGUCCAAAAAUCGAGAUCAACAACGGGCAGCUAACACCAAGAAGCAAAAGGAAGAUGAAGCAGACAUUGAUGAACUGGGCUUAUGCCCACUGGAUAUGGACAGCCAGGAGGAAAGUGACGCGGAGGCUGUUCAAGAUGAAGCCCAAACGAGUCCAGUCGAUGAGGAUGGUCAAAAACAUAAAGAGAGAGAUGAACAAGCUGAUGAAGCAACAAAACCAGCUGCGCUUGAUAAAGACAAAGAAGUAGCUGCAGCUAAAGAUCAAUUAGAAAAAGCAGUAGAUGACAAACUUUUUGUAGAGGAAGAAAUGCCCUCACUAUUGAUGGAAAGUGAGGGCCUGGAUGAACCGAGCCACUCGCCUCUUAAUACCACAUACGAUGCAGAAGACAAGAAGGAUUCGGAUAGAAGCGUUAUUUUGGUUGUCAGUCCGGACAAGCAGCCGGAAGCGAGCACCUCCGUCCUCGAUGCCAGUGUUAUACUGGUCGCUACUUCUGAUAUGGAGCCUGUAGCUUGCGCUCCAAAUCCCGCAAUUCCGGAUAAGAAGCCAACCAUUAAGGUGGUGCUCACAACUUUAGAUGAUCAGGACGAAACCCUUUUGGAUCUGGGUGAUCUAGCUACGACAAAUGUAUCAAAGUCGAAAGGCUAUCGAUUCCCCACGCCCUAUAAGGCAAAGCCAAUGUUUAAGUUUACAGGAACAGAGGAGACAGUUUCUAAUGAUCCCAAGGCUACAGAAGAAGAACCGAAGUACAAACGCAAACGUUCCAAGUCGACCACCCAUUGGAACGACACUAUGUCACGAACUGUAUCAUUUCAAAGUCCCGUUGAAGUUGCCAUUGUCGAGGACAUUGAUAAGCGCUGGAAGGAACUUCAAAAGAGUAAUGUCAAUAACCGCCGUAGGCGCUCAAAGUCAUUGGACGAAAACCGCUGCAAAGUGAGCAGGAUCCCCAAGCCCAAUAGAGGUGUUAUACCAGUGAACAAAACCAUCACACCCAGCAAGGUGAAUAAACGCACCAAGAUGCCCAAUUUUGCAGCCAUGCAUGAGAGGCAGUUUGCGAAGAUGGAGAGCUUGCUGGACCACGUCGAACGCAAGGCGGAACGCGCCAAGGUGCUAACGAAUUCUGUACAGAAGCCGAUACAAGGAUCGACGGCAAAGAAACUGCAGAGCUCCACAUCUGUCGAGGAUCGGGCUCGUUCAAAGGCGGUGAAGAAGAUCGACAUGACCGCCGAUCGAACCAUGGUAAUGGAUCAUCCGUCCGAUAAGGUGAACUCAUCACGGUUGCCUUUGAAGACCACCGCUCCCGCUCCCAACGUAGCUCCGAAGCCAGCUUUUAAUCUGACCACCUCUACGGUGAAGACAUUCAAUGUAGCUCCAAAGCCAGCUUUCAAUCUGUCCACCUCCACGGUGAAGACAUUCAACGCCACGUUUUCCAGCAGAACUGGCGAUUCGCACGAUAACAAGCUGGCUGAACGACGCCAACGGCACAUUGACAUGUUCAAGGGUAGGACAACUAAGGACCAGAAGGAGAAAGCUGAGUUUAUCCGCGGGGUACGCCUCAAUCGACGUUUUGAGCUCCAAAUGCAGCACCGUCGACACCUAGAGGAGGAUUAGAUUCUUAAGUUUAUUCGUUAAUUUUACUAUUUACUACUUAUGCUUACCCUUAUAUAUUUGCUUUAACGUGUCAGUUUUGUCGGGAAUUCGUCGAAAAACAUUUUAAGUUUUGCUGGUUUCAAUAAAGUUGUUUUCCUUUUUCAUAUUUCGUA